CGGCGUUUUAUGUCCCCUAAUUUUCAGAUAAAGACCGUUAGGUGUAGUUUGACAAGUAAACUCGAUUCAACAACGAUCAAAACCCAAUUCUUUUAGAUUUGAUACCAUAGAAUUUUGUUCCCUGAAUCCCGCGUGAUAAAAAUGUUGAAUUUCCCAGAGCUGUGGAUAUGAAAGAAAAGAAAACAAUCUCUCCACUUAGGCGCAUUUUAGUGAAUUGUACGGCACAGGCGAAUGAAUACGGGGCCUGUGUUGCAGCAAAAGUUCCUGAAGUUGAACGUGAUAUGUGUUUGAAAGAAUUUCUUGCACUAAAGACUUGCAUGCAGAAUACGCUCCGGGGAAAGGUGUAAUAUUUGGAGCUUUGGGUUUGCAGUUUGUAUGAUAAGGCUAAAAGUACAAGAUAACCUUAGAAAGAUGGCCUGGAAAGCUUCAAGUUCGCAAGCUAGUGUUGGUGGUCUGGGAUCUGGUGCUCUAUCACAUGUUUUCAUACAAUAUCCCCCUCUCCGUUGCAACAUUCCUGGAUCAAGAGGUUUCUAUUAUGAUGAUGGAAAUAAAUUACUCAUCUCUCCUACAUCUGACCAGAUCUUUUCGUGGAAAACUGCUCCAUUUUCUCCUCUUGCCCCUAUCACUGAUUCGAUAACUGAAGGGCCUAUCUGUUCCGUCCGGUUUUCUCUAGAUGAAAAGAUUAUAGCAGUCCAACGGUCCAAUAUUUCUAUACAAUUUUGGCAUAGAGAAACAGGGGAAACUUUCACUCACAGGUGCAAAUCCGAGUCAGAGAGUAUACUGGGGUUCUUCUGGACAGAUUGUCCAUCAUGUGAUAUUGUAAUUGUGAAGACCAGUGGGUUGGACUUGUUUGCUUAUGAUUCUGCCUCGAAGUCACUUAUCUUGGUUGAGACAAAGAAAUUGGCUGUUAGUUGGUAUGUCUACACACAUGAGAGCAGAUUGAUUCUCCUUGCUUCAGGAAUGCAGUGUAAGACGUUCCAUGGAUUUCAGCUUUCAUCUGCUGGGAUUAUUCGAUUACCAAAGUUUGAGAUGGUAAUGGCUAAACCUGAAGCUAAUAGUAAGCCUGUCCUUGCUUCUGAAGAUGUCUAUAUUGUCACUGUUUAUGGGAGAAUUUACUGCUUGCAAGUUGAUAGAGUUGCAAUGGUACUGCAUUCAUAUCGGUUUUACCGUGAUGCUAUUAUCCAACAGGGUUCAUUACCAAUUUACUCGAGCAAGGUUGCUGUGAGUGUGGUUGAUAAUGUACUACUUGUGCACCAAGUAGAUGCAAAAGUUGUUAUACUCUAUGACAUAUUUGCAGAUUCUCGAGCUCCCAUAUCUGCCCCACUUCCUGUACUAUUGAGGGGUUUUCAAAGGUCCGAUAUUUCUAAUUCUCGACCUAGCACCAAGGAAAGUGAAAGUUCAGAGGCCUCUGAUUCAAAUGAUAAUGAAGCAAUUAUUUAUGGAGCUGACUGGACCUUUUUGGUUCCUGACCUUAUAUGUGAUGUAGCUAAUAAGCUUUUAUGGAAGGUCCACUUAGACUUGGAGGCAAUUUCUGCUAGUUCCUCUGAAGUUCCAUCGGUAUUGGAAUUCUUGCAAAGACGAAAGUUGGAAGCCAACAAGGCUAAACAACUAUGUUUGGCAAUUAUGCAAACAAUGAUUCUAGAACGCAGACCUAUCACCAUGGUUGCCAAGGCAAUGGAUGUAUUAGUCACCUCGUAUUCGCUCUCUCUUAAAACUGGCAGUUAUUUCAAGGGAAUAAAGACUGAGAGGACCCCCUCGAGUGUGCCAAAUGUGAGUGGCCCAGGGCAAGCCACAGAUGUAUUCACCAGCAGAACCGAUGGAAAAUCUGUCCAACAUGAACCUUCUACCGGAGUCAACAGUGUAUCUUUUAGUAGACCUUCAACUUAUUCGUCUUCAGAGACGGAGGAUAAUUGUAUCUUUGAACCAUCGAAAAUCAGCUCAAAUGAUACUCAGUUUGUUGGUGGCAAAGUGGAUGCAAGUGCUGACAGUUCUACCACUGAUAAUCCAUUAAAUGCUAGUGUUUCUGAGCAGCAGGAGUCUCAGCUCACUUCACCUGCAAUUUCACCCGAUGAGAUGUACAGAUCUGUCUUUGCUCCUAUUGAGGAAGAGAUGACUGUGGAGCCUUCUUAUCUGGUUGCCAUCAUUCUUGAGUUUUUUCGAUGUGCCAACUUAGAAAGGGUCAAAGUGCAUCCAAGCCUAUAUGUGUUAACUAUUCAAUUAUUGGCCCGUAGUGAGCAAUAUGCAGAACUUAGUUUGUUCAUCAUAAACAAGGUUAUUGAGCCCUCAAAAGAAGUUGCUCUACAGCUGCUAGAAUCAGGUCGUCAAAGUUUGCAAAUUAGGAAGCUGGGUUCGGAUAUGCUGAGACAGCUUUCUUUGAAUCAUGAUUAUGUGUUGUUAUUAGUGCAAGAUGGAUAUUAUCUUGAAGCUUUACGUUAUGCACGGAAGCAUAAGGUCACUACUAUCCGGCCGUCAUUAUUUCUUGAAGCAGCAUUUACCUCCAAUGACUCGCAACAUCUGGCCGCGGUUUUGAGAUUCUUUUCAGAUUUCAUUCCUGGCUUCCGAAGCACCUCGGAUUUCUUUACGUACUACAACGUUCUCAAUGAGAUGAGCUCUUCAGUAACUGCUUAAGAGGAUCAUUAUGAUGCGUACUACUAAUGAAGUAAAAGACUCCACAAGCGGAGUUAGGAUGCUACCACUCUGCCAUGGGUCCUUUGCUUUCAAUUAGCGAUGAUGGAAGCAGACAAAGCAAGUUAUGGUAGUAUGGACUUGGAUUCGGAUAUUGAGGUUUUAGAUAAUAUUUUAAUUAUCAUUUGCAGCGGAUUUAGAGUAAAGGUGGAUAAUAGAUUUAGAUUUGAAUAUCUAUUUUUUAGAUUUAUUGAAUUUAGCGGAUUUAAAUAUUUGUAGAUAAAUUAAUUUGUAAGAAAAAAUAAAACGUCCAUAAGGACGUUGAUAUGGAAUAACUUCCAAAAGGAAGUUACAAAGUUUUUCAAAUAAAAAACUGCCAUGAGGCAGUUUGUAUUAAAGAAAA